AUUGGCGGUGAAGGAAUCACACUUUUUUUCACCUAAUGUACAAAGUGAGCACCCAUUUUCUGUUUCUCUGCCUUCUUUUCUGUUGAGUUUUUCGCCAUUUUGUGAUACUGGACCCAUGGUCUUGAGCUUUAGCAUCGACUCCUGCACGGCGUGCUUGUUCUGUUUUCUGCGUGAGAUACAUGAAGCUGCAAAUUACUUGUUGCAACUAUGAUCUGGGAUGUUGUAAGAACACUUCGAGACUCUUGUGAACCAAAUUUGAUCGGCAUCGUAGGAACCAGCGAUGGCACGCGCAACUCGUCACCUGGAGAAGCUGCUCAGAGCGCUUCAGACUGACUCGACGCAAGGAGUCUGCCAGGCGCCUUCGAAUGACCUUGUUGAUCCACCCACAUCCGAUCAAUCACGAGAUUGUGGAUCGACAGGCGUCCCUGAGAACGAGACUUUGCGACGGUCGCAGGCAUCCUUGUUCUCAAGUUCCGAAUCUGAGGAUGUUUCCACUUCAUCUGGUGGCGAUGGGACAAGGUAUUAUCGUGAGGAAACUGCAAGGUUGGUGCAGCAGCUGGGGGACAGCCGCGUCCAAGUGGCAACUCUGGAAGCCCAAAUCGUGUUUCUUACGAAUAAAUUGGAAGAACAGGAGACUCUGGACUCUUGUUACAUUCGCAGAUUGGAAGACGAGGUGGUUCGAUUGGAAGAGACGGUUAAGAUUGAUAUGUACAAUUUAGAACGACGUCAAAGUCAGAUUGAGAAAGGAAUGCCUUCGUUGGAGGAGCAAUUAAAAACAAUCAAGGACUCUCUUCAUGACUUUAACGUCUCUGAGCCGUUGUACAUGGAGCUUAAGGCCAUUCCAGAGCACCGAAAGAAUUCGAGAGAGCAUAUUCUGAUCAUGGCAUAUGAGAAGUGUCUACGUGACCGGGAAGAAAUAGAGGAGCUCCGGAAGACGCGAGACACUUCCAGGAACUUACGGGCAUGGGUACUUAAAAUAACUUCAGACGGGGGCAUACACCGAGUGUGUUGAUUAUUAGGACGACGCACAGCUGAACCAACACAAUGCAGGGAGGCUUUGACACGAGCAAAUGAUGAAGUGCAGAGGCUAA